GUCCCCAUCUAUAGUAUAUCGGUAUUCGUUUCUUGGUCUUAACGUCGCAAAAAGCUCCCUCGAUGACCAUCUCCAUCCGCCCAGCGACAUCCAGCGACGCCCCCGCGCUCUCUCACAUCUGCCUUGUCACGGGAAAUGCUGGCACGACUGCAGAGCACCUUCAUAAUCUCCCAGAAAUGCUAGGACUUGUAUAUGCAGUGCCAUAUGUGAAUGCAGCCAGUACUUGGGGAUUUGUUCUCGUUGAUCAAGAUGACGAAGGAGAGAAAGUGGUUGGAUACACUCUAGGUGCUAUAGACACUCGCGCUUUCGAGAAAUCGGAAGAGGAAAUGUGGUGGCCAGCCUUGCGUGCUGAGUACUCGCCGUAUCUCCCACCCGACUCUGGAGAGCCGUCGACGGAUUCAGCUCACCCCACGCCCACUGAAGCAGAUAUGCGCAUCAUCCGACACUUCCUUUCGCCCCCAGCUGCCCCAGCCGCCUGCGUUUCUUAUUCUACCGCCCAUUUACAUAUCGACAUCCUCCCAGCGUAUCAACGUCGCGGGCUUGGAAGGCAGCUUAUCGACCGUGCAAUACAGCAUAUGCGUAACGCUGGUUUGCAUGCCGUAUGGCUUGGUAUGGAUACAAAGAAUGUGCAAGCGAGAAUUUUCUAUGAACGUUUGGGAUUUUCGAAUAUUGAGGGUGCACCGGAAGGUGUGGUUGGUUUGCGAUUUGUAGAUUGGAAGGGUUAGGUGGAGGUUUCAGCCAAAUCGAGUAUAAUAGGGAGCGUGCUAGUCUUUUCUGUAUCGAACUAGCACUACAAGCUGGAACUUUUGUUAUAUAUUUACGGUCGAUUCUUCCUCAACCCUCGGACAUCCCUGCAUGGUGUUGUGGAACAUUCUUUAACUGCUUGUUUGGUCGUGGAUUUAUAAAUACAUAUCGUUCAGAGGAAGCAAUUCAAGGACGAAUGUAUACCAUUUCGCUUACGCUCGCAGUCUGUCCAGUAAUCCAGC